CCUUCAGUCAGUGACCAACCACGGCGGGGACGGGACAUACGCAACCACCCUCUCAGCACCCUGCCCACCCGACCUUACGAUUGACCAACCAUCCACGUGUAUCAGUGACCCUAGCGAGGCAGUGGUGACCUAGCAAGAUGACCUCCGCGCGGCCAGGGUCACGGAACUAACGCUUGACCUCUGUGACCUAGGAUUUGUUUAUUAUGGUGUGGGAGAGGUCAACGAUGUUGGUGGUGCUAGUGGUGCUGGUGAUGGUGACCUCCGCAGCGGCUGAGGUCACGGUGGAUUGUGACCUCGUGUGCCAAAAGGUGGAGAGCGUGCACGGGGCGGAGGAGAGCGAGUGUGACGCGGCCUGCAGGAGUGACCAGUGCCAUGCCGGUUGCCAGGACUGGAGGGCCGGCGUGGCGACCUCCUGCCGACAGACCUGUAGCGGUCUGGGGUGGGAGAGUGACGGCCCGGCGCUGACCUGCACCAUGGGAUGUGUCUACGGCGCGCAGGACUACAUGACACGCCUGCACGAGCUCGUGGGCACCCCCGGGGCUCCCCAGCUGGUGGGCGGCAGCCUGGGUGCGUCCAGCGUGGGUCUGCGGUGGUCUGGGUCCCCCGAGGUGCCCGCCGCCCAGUACCUGGUGCAGUACCGUGACGAGGGCGUGGGCUGGGUGUACUACCGCCCGCAGCACCCGCUCAACGAUACCCAGGCCACGCUGACACACCUCACGCCCUACACCAAAUACCAGUUCCGCGUGGCGUGGGUGGUGCUGGCCGGCCACGCGCCCAUCCUGUCAGCCGCCAGCCCGUACAUCAGCACCCUGGACUCCGGCCCGCCCAGAACGCCGCCCACGGCGGUCCCCCUGGAUGGGUCACGCGUUGAGGUGACCUGGGCACCCCCUGUGAGCCCCGGGGGUGACCUUAUCUUCUACACGCUGUACCUCAGGGCGAAGAAAGGCGGCAGGGAGAUUAGGGACAACAUUGACGCCCAGGAGGAGAGGAGGUACGUGCUCUCCCAGCUGAGCCCCAACACCACCUACAUCCUGAACCUCACCUCCACCAACCACCGCGGCGAGGGUCCCCCACGCGUCACCACCGUCACCACCUACCCCAAUGCACCAGCGGUGGACGAUGGGCAAGGUUACCUCCUCCUGACCUCUGGCGCCAGUCUCCUCAAGCUGGGCCUGGACACCAUUGACCCCCUGCAGCACAUAUACAACACCUCUCGCAGGCACGCCAUCACAGGCAUGGCAGUCCACAUCCACCGCGGAAUCGUCUACAUCAGCGACACGAGUGGAUCGAUCCUACAACUCCACCCUCCGACGAACCGCUUCAGAACAGUCCUCUCCGCCGAACAGCUCCACGGACUUCCGCUCGGACUCUCGGUGGACUGGCUGAAUGGACACCUGUACUACGUGAUCCGCCUGCAGAGUCCACUUGAGCAGGUCUGGCAGGUCUGGCGGUCCGGACUCGUGGGGGAUGGUCCGACUCUGGUCCAUGGGGAGCUGAAGUAUGAGGCGCGGCAUUUGCAGGUCGAUCCCUAUAAUGGAUACAUUUGGUGGAUUUCGGAGGACCUCAAACCUGGACUCUACCGCCUUGACCUCAACCCAAAUGGAAGAGGAGAAGAAGAAGAGGAAGAAGAAGGAGGAGGAGGAGGAAGAGGCACAUCAGGAGGAGGAGGAGGAGGGCCACGGAGGGUCUUGGAAGGUUCAGACUUGGGUGGACUGGUGCUUGACCCUCCAAAUUUUCAAGUCCUGGUAGCGGAUCGGCGGAAGAACGCUAUGCUGGCUGUGUCUCUGGAUGGCACCUCCGUCACGCAGCUCCACCCCAACACCCAGCAGGCCUUCUUCCGCAAGCUCACCUCCGUUGUCUAUCUCCACCGACGGUUCUUCUGGACGGACGGGAAGGAGGUGUUGACAGAGGAAUUGAACAACGGAACCUUCUACCAUAACAGCUACCUCUUAGUGGGCAACGUCAGCAUCGGGAGUCUGGCGGCCGUGCACCGCUCCACCCAGCCCUGGCCCGUGCCCCUCACACCACCCACCCGCCUGCAGGCCGUCUUCACCCGCCGCUCAGCCGCCCUCACCUGGCAUGCACCCGCCCUGCCUGCCUUGAUGGGUGUGGGUGCGUGGCAGGAGUGGCGUUACGAGCUCCACAUCCAGGACGGGGUGCGAACCCUGUACCGCAACAACAUAUCAGCCACCACAUACCUGGCACCCAACCUGAGGCCUUACACCUUCUACAUCAUCAAGGUCAGGGCGUACUCCCAGGGUGGACGCGGCCCCUGGAGUGCUGAGUUCCGAGGCAGCACCCUGGACAGCACUGAGGAGGCCCCCCGACUGGUGCUGGCCACAAACACCCAGUUACUGAUGACAAACAUGGCCGGCAGUGACUCCACAGUGCUGGUGGGGCAGGAGGAGCUCAGGAGCCAGCUCCAGGAGGGUCACAUCACCGACCUCUCCUUCUUCCGCGACUCCCUGGUUCUUGCCGUCAGUAACCAGAGCAGCCUGGUCCUCAACACAACCUCCGGCACAUUUUCGCGAGUGGCCGGCACGCAUGGGGUCCUCAGUGUGUCUGUGGACUGGCUCACGCACCGACUCUUCUGGGCCAAUCCUCAUAAGCAGAUGAUCGGGUGGAGCGCCAUGGACGGCCCCGCUCACGGCCCCUUCAACGUGGUCACAGCGGCCAGGGAGGUCCGCGUGGACGCCCUACAUGGCCGCCUCUACUGGACCACUCCACAUGCACUCCACUCGUCCACGCUGGCCGGGCGGAAUGUCUCCACGCUGCAUAGGGAAGGAAUAUUCUCUGGCAAGCAAGUAUACGGGCUUACAGUGGACUCAAGUGGAGGGCGUGUGUGGUGGGUCGUGAGGGAUGCAGGCGGAUGUCACCUCCACUCCGCAGCCCUGUCAUCCACUCACACACACACCCGCCCACACCUCACCCACCCCCCACGCCUCCUGCCACACACCGUACAAGUGGGGUCCAUGUGGUACCUGAGCAAUCGUCUGGUGUGGCUCGGUGAGGACGGGGACGCUAGAGUUGCAGACAUCAGCCUCAACAACUCCGCCAGCCUGCACACCUCCGCCCUGCAGGUCCUGAGGUUCACCGUGGUCCUGCCCGCCCUGCACCCCAUGCCAGACGGAAUGCAAGCGGAGAGCGUUCUACCAGGCGCGAUUGACCGAAACGGAGUGAGAGUCAUGCCUGGCGGAACCUGGGAUUCGUUCAACAUAACAUGGCCAGCGAUUACGUCAACAACCCACGCAGCGCUAAUGUACGAGGUGGUCAUCGGCACUGGGGAGCGAUCGGGGGAGCGAGCGAGUGACGGGUUGACGCACCACCCACCCACGCUUACCCCCAACACCACCCUAGCCUACGCCAACCCCUCCCUGCCGCCCUAUUCCUCCAUUAGGGUGUCCGUGAGGGGCGUGACGGACUGGGGUGUGGGGCCGAGGGUGGUGGUGGGCCUCAGAACACCGCCGUCGCUACCUGGCGCUCCUGUUCAACUCCGGGUGUUCGUCAGUAGGCCUAUAGAGGCCCUCCUCCCCAGUAUAUGCCUACGCUGGUCACCUCCAAGGAACGCCAACGGUGCCCUCACAGGAUACAAGGUCACCUACUGGGGUCAAGAACAUGUCCUGAACGUGUCCCAAGGUGUCCGGGUGCCAGCUGACCCGACCCAGUUCAUCCUCAGUGACCUCGACCCUACUGUGACCUAUACCUUCAGGGUAUCUGCCAUCAACACCGUGGGGGAGGGACCGGCCAGCACACCCAUCAACACCACUCCAGUUCAACACCAGCCCCUCCCGAUGCUGGUGGUGGUGCAUGUCAACACCAGUCGUACCUCCACUUUAGAUGCGGACCUUGGUGUUGAGGAGGUGGUGGUGGAGGGGGGGGCACUGGGGGUGAGAUUUGUGGCCCCCCUCCUUCAACACCAUCUCAACUCUGCACCUCCACUGACCUCCUCCUCCUCCUCCUCCUCCUCCUCCUCCUCCUCUUCCUCUUCCUCUCCGAUUGCUAGUGCUUUAAGUGCCUCACCUAUCUCCUCUUCCUCCUCCUCCUCCUCCUCUUCCUCCUCCUCUUCUUCUUCCUCCUCCUCCUCCAAUUCUUCUUCCUCCUCCUCCUCUGAGUCUUCUUCUCCUAAUAGCUUAUCCUCCUCCUCCUCCUCCUCCUCUGAUAUUCCUUCCUCCUCCUCUUCUGAUGUCCCUUCCUCUUCUUCCUCUUCCUCCUCCUCCUCCUCCUCCCUGUCCAAAUUGGUGUGGAUGGACCUCAACUCCGACAUCUUCAUCACCUCCACCACCACCAACGCCACCACCCGCAUCCUCCGCCUGGCGGGUGAAGGGGUCGGACUGGCCCUGGACUGGGUGGGUGAGGUGGUGGUAUGGGGGGAGAGGCACCCCCCACCCACCCACAACAUGACCCUCCGUACCCUGACCCUUAAUGGAGGAGGAGGAGGAGGAGGAGCGAAGAGUCUGAAGGAGGUUGGUGUCAGAGGGAAGGUCACGCAACUCCUUCUAUCUCCAAUGACGAGCCAGGUGUUGGUGGUCCACAGUAUCGGUACCAGACUCCAGGUGUCCAUCACGGGCCUCAGAACCACUACCGGGGACCUCGAGAAUGUCUUUGACCAGGGGAGGAGUUCAAAAUGCAACUGUCGCAGAAAUCCUGACCUGACUGGAGCGGUCACCCUCGACUCCACAAACUCCACCCACCUCCACCUAUACUUCUCCACCUCCUCCUCCUCCUCCUCCUCCUCCUCCUCCAACUCCUCCUCCUCCUCCUCCUCUUCCUCCUCCUCCUCAGUGGUCUUCCGGAGUAACUUAGAAGGGUGUCUGUGUGAGCCAGUCUUCUACCCUGGACAGUAUGGGUUAGGCACCUGUACCCACCUGGCAGUCGACUCCACCCACCUAUACUGCCACUCCACCUCCACCAACACCUUAGCGUGGGUGUUGAAAGGUGGAGGUGGUGGAGGAGGUGGAGGAGGUGGGUACCCCCGCACUCUUCCACUUAGGGAUGUGUCCGCUAUUCUUCCGCUAGACCCUGCCACCCAGCCCCUCCCAGCCUGGUCGUGUCUGGUCUGGAGGAACAUGACCCGCUUACCAAGGCUCAUCGGAAGUCGCGAAACAGCUAUCGGGCUUGAACUGGGAACCCCUCUGCCCCUCGGGUCCGACUGUGGCCCCGUGUCAAUGCCCCCGCCCACCUUCAUCCUAUACUACGGCCCCAUCCAUGCCCCGGGAGCUGGUGGCGGGGCGGGGGAGACAGGGUGCGAUAAGGAGUUGAAGGAUUGCUGGGUUCUGAGGAGUCCGGACUCCAUGGUGACCGUGGGUGACCUGCAGCCGUACACACACUAUGCCUUCCGAGCCGCGGUGGAGACUGUCUACAACAAGCGCUUAGGCCUACCCUCUGCACCGGGCCCUGUGGCAGUGUACAGGACCAAGGCAAAAGCCCCAGAGGGCGUAGGAGAGGUGACGGCCCUCGCACUCUCCCCCGAGGAGGUGCGCGUCAGCUUCCUAGCCCAGGCCGGGGAGAGCUAUGAGGUGCUGUGGCGGAGGGGGGGGUCCUCGGCCGGCCCCCUGCGCCCCCCUCCACCCCCCACCUCACAGCGCAUGGAUGUGACGAUCGCCCAUCUAUUGCCUAACACCAAGUAUGAGGUCUGGGUCAAGGUGUACUCCAAGGACAGACUGGUGGAUGUGGACAGCGACUACGUGGGUGUCAUGACCUUGCCUGCCCUUCCACCUUUGACCCUCCGCCAUGCGGCCGCCCGUGCCCUGGUGGUGGCCUGGACGGCUCCGGCGGAUGGCUCGGUGAAUAGGCAUAAGUUCCAGUACAUCCCAGAAGGCAAAUCAGUGUGGCGAUCCCUGGACACCAAGCUGACCUCCGCUGACCAGACCUACGUGGCCAACCUGACCCAGCUUGACCCGGCCACCCACUACCUCUUUAGGGUCCAAGUGGUCUAUGCGGGGACCUUCCACAACUACACAUGGCCAUCAGAACCACUUUUUAAUUACUCCACCCUGAGUGAGAUCCCAGGGCCGCCAGGACAGGUGAUGCGGCAACAGGUUGGCGGCUUACCCCUGGGGAGCGGCCUCAAGGUGUGGUGGCGGGGGGCGGCUGCUAACGGGGCCCCCAUAGUCUCCUACACCCUCCAGGCCGCCCCGUACCACCCCCACCACAGCCCCGCCCCCGCCAGCCCCGCCGGACGUGCCCCGACCACCCCCAAUGUGACCUUUACCACAGUGUAUAAUGGCUCAGCCAACGAGUGGAUCAUCCAGGGCCUUGACGCCACCUCCAGCUACAUCUUCCGCGCCCGUGCCGUCAACCGGUUGGGUCAAGGGCCGUGGGGGGAGGAGAACAUCAUCAGUACCAUCGCCGGGCCAACCAUGCUCAACCAGACCCACCUGCCAACCAUACUGUCGUCAACCAUACCGCCCAUCGCCCUAGUGCUCCUCAUGUUGUGUGUGUCCGGUUGCUAUGCUAUGCGGAGAACCGAGCGGCGGAAGAAGCGGAAGGCCAAGUCCGCCUCCAUCACUGACACCACGCACCACCACCACCACCACCACCCGCACCACCACCAGCACCACCACCCCAGGAGCAGGGAGGUGGAGUUGGCGACACUGCGACACCUUCCGACGAAUAACAAUUUUGUGACGGAAAAUAACGUUCUGUACGACAUCAGCGGCUUUCCAGGCGACGACCUUGACCUUCCCCACGUGUCACGCCACUGCAUAACCUUGACCAAGUUCCUGGGUAGUGGGGCCUUCGGGGAGGUCUUCGAGGGGACAGCCUGCGGCCUGCCCUGUCUGCCCGAGGUCACCAAGGUCGCUAUUAAGACGCUUCGUAAGGGCGCCACGGACCAAGAGAAGGUGGAGUUCCUGAAGGAGGCACAACUCAUGAGCCACUUUCAACACGAACACAUCCUCCGUCUCCUGGCCGUCUGCACCGACCACGACCCGUUCUUCCUCAUCCUGGAGCUCAUGGAGGGGGGUGACCUUCUGUCGUACCUCAGGACCAGCAGGGGGAGUGAGGCCGGCCUAACCCUGGGGGACCUGGUGGCCAUGUGCCUGGACGUGGCCAAGGGUUGCGUCUACCUGGAGGAGAUGCAUUACGUCCACCGAGAUUUGGCCGCCCGGAAUUGCCUCGUGUCGACAACCGAUCCGCUCUCCCGCAUCGUCAAGAUUGGGGAUUUCGGGUUGGCGAGGGAUAUUUACAAGAAUGAUUACUAUAGGAAGGAGGGUGAAGGACUCCUACCGGUGCGUUGGAUGUCCCCGGAAUCCUUAGUGGACGGCGUAUUCACGAGUCACAGUGACGUCUGGGCUUUCGGAGUCCUACUGUGGGAGAUCCUUACCCUAGGACAACAACCAUAUCCUGCACGCACCAACCUGGAAGUCCUACACCACGUCAGGAGUGGCGGGACCCUGACGCGGCCUCCCGGAUGUCCUGAGGAGCUGUGAGUAUCCUAUGGUUGAUGUA